AUGUCUUCACACACCCGCAUGGCACUGGUUACCGGGGCCAACAAGGGCAUUGGCUUCGCCAUCGUGCGUGACAUGUGCCAGCAGUUUCCGGGGUACGUGGUGCUCACGGCGCGGAACGAGGCGCGGGGACAAGCGGCUGUGCAGCAGCUCCAGGCUGAGGGCCUGAGUCCCCGCUUCCACCUGCUGGACAUUGACGACCUGCAGAGCAUCCACACCCUGCGUGACUUUCUGCGCAAGGAGUACGGGGGCCUGGACGUGCUGGUCAACAACGCCGGCGUCUGUUUUGAUGUUGAUGACCACACACCCUUACAUAUUCAAGCAGAAGUGACAAUGAAAACUAACUUCUUUGGUACCCGGGACGUGUGCACGGAACUGCUGCCUCUAAUGAAACCCCAAAGCAGAGUGGUCAAUGUGUCUAGCAUAAUGAGCUUCGUAGCUCUUGAAUACUGUAGCCCAGGACUGCAGCAGAAGUUCAGAAGUGAGACCAUCGCAGAGGAGGAGCUGGUGGGGCUCAUGAACAAGUUCGUGGACGACGUAAAGAACAGAGCUCACCACGAGGGCUGGCCUGAUAUGAAAGUAGUUGCAUAUGGAGUGGCAGAGAUGGGUCUCACAGUCCUGUCCAGAAUCCAUGCCAGGAAACUGAGUGAGCAGAGGAGAGGGGACAACAUCCUCCUGAAUGCCUGCUGCCCUGGGUGGGUGAGAACAGACAUGGGUGGACCAAAGGGCAUCAAAACCGCGGAAGAAGGAGCAGAGACCCCUGUCUACUUGGCCCUUUUGCCCUCGGAUGCUAAGGGGCCUCACGGGGAGUUUGUCAUGGAGAAGAAAGUUGAACAAUGGGGACUGCAACCUCAAUUCCCUCCAUGGGUCCCAUUAUGAUGCCCAUGAUGAGUUGACCAAACAGAUUAUACUGUCAACAAUGUCCUUAUAAAAAAAAAAAGAGAGAGAGAAGAAGA